GCAAACUUCCAUAUUUUGGCCUUGGAUGAGCUGUCGGCACAUCCGAUGCUGGAAUCGCUCUCCACGUGCUGCGAGCAGGCGUUCCCAUAGGGUUUACAUUGGCAUCUUUGGAGUGCUACUUGCAACAUCGAGCCCCAGACUGCAACGAGCUGGAUGGAAUGCUCGAUACGCCGCCAUCCACACUGCAGCUUUUGCACAGCCUUUGGUCACUCUGGAGCAGGCUGCAGGAUUACGUGGAGUUCCAAGGCCUUUGAGCUUCCUGCUGACAAAGCAGCAGCGAGAGAUGACAUCCAUAUCAUCCAUGGGAUUUCUGCAUCACUAUGUGCUUCCAGAAGGACGUGUUGACCUUCCUUGGGGCGAAGUGCAGGACGGCGCUAAACUGCUUGACGCGGCAGAUGCGUGGCUGUUUCCCACCGCAGAUGGCACUGACUGCGGGUCUCCUCUGCUGGCGCUUUGGAAACCAUACGGUGUGGUCACAACUAUGGCGUCCCAGGAGCCGAGGAACUUGAAGCAGUUUCUGCAGGAGUCUGGCCACAGAGUUGUGCCGCACAUUGGGCGUUUGGACAAAGGAACCACGGGAUUGCUGCUACUUUCGGACAAUGGGGAUGUGCACCGGAUUCUACUGGCACAAGGUGGCGUGCCCAAGACCUACGUGGCAACAGUCAAUAGACCAACUGCCUCUGCCGAGCAGAUACAACAGCUGCUUCAUGGUGUCCCUAUUGACGACACUGGUACGCCCGCACGUGCCCUCUCGGCAGAAGUGCUUGGUCACGAGUUAGUGUCGCGUGGAGGUGGCAUGCCUGGUGUGGCCAGGAAAAUUCAAAUUCGAGUGCAACUCAAUGAGGGACGCAACCGUGUGGUGCGGCGCAUGUUCCAAGCCCUAGGGCUUCCUCUUAGGCAGUUGCACCGUGAAGCCAUUGGACCUUUGAGUUGUGCCAAGUUGGGCCUGGUUUCUGGGCAGAUUGCUGCGGUGCCUUCAGACCAGCUGCUGUGCCUUUUGGCUGCGUGCCAGAAAGAUCAGAAAGGUCAAGAUGCGGCCGGGGGUUGGAGCCCAGACCAUGGCCGAGCAGUGUACAAUGCCCUGCGCUGUGGGAGCCUCCUGUGCAAUGUGCGGCGAGGAACCAUUCCUUCUUCACAACGCGUAGCAGUGGAAAGCUGGUUGGCUGAGCAUUGGACACUGGUCGGGCCGUGCCUGGAACCUUUCCGGCGUUUCACUGCCACAGCAGUGCGAUGUGCGUGUGAAGAUCCGGGUGCCAGCUGGUGCGUGCCGCCAAAAAAUGUGGAGUGCAUACAGCUGGUGAAGGUGGAUCGGCAGGGAAAGCUGCAGCUAUCCCUGGCCACGGGAUGUGUGGCCUACACCUCUUGGCAGCCUUUGCAUGAGAGUGACCCUUUCCCGUUGGGCUGCACGGUGCUUGGAGCACCCUUGCUCGCAGCAGCGACUGCAAAAGUGCUGAAGAAACGAGGCAUUUUGCUCAAUGCCCCGGCCGAAGCCUUGCUUUGGCCGAAGUAUUCUGGGCCGCUGACGGUGGGCGACGUGUUGAUGGGCAGGAAAGCUAUUUGCAAGGCGCCAUCACGCGCUAGCACGCGAAUGUUGGCAGAUUUGAGUGCCCUCAUGAAAUGGUUGGAGACGGCUCCAGCGGCCGACGGCCUGGCUCCGGCCUGGUGGCCGGCGGCGGAGCGCGAAGCGGCGUCCGCUUGGCUGCUGAAAAGUGGCCAGCUGCUGCCAGGUGAUGCAAUGAAAGACUUCUUUGCAGAGGUGCGUCGGCCGCUGUUCAAGGCGAAGAUGUCGCCUGUCCAGAUCUCCAAACCCAUCAUGAGUGUGGAGAGUGCUGAAGUUGAGGCUGCACAGGACACGCUGGUGGCCUCUUUGGGUGCCGAUGAGAUGCGUGCCAUGCAUUUGACAGAUGUAUGCCUCGUGAACCACCCUGCGAUGCGCGACUCGGAGCGCUGCUUCGGCUUAUCUGCCUGUGCUGCAUCAGCAGCUGUGGCGGCCCUUCACGUCCAGGAUGAAUUCUGGCAGGGCGCGGUCUUGACAAAUCAGCUCAGCUGCGUCAAGCGCAACCAACAGGGGGAGUUGGCAGUGGUUUUCCUGACCUGUGCGGAUGCUGACUUGGCGCAGCAUCUCGCAGAUGUGGCGCUGGAAUGA